UUCUCCGGUUGUGUCUGCAGCUGCACACUCGCUUUCACUCGUUCUCCCUCCGUGUGCAUCACGGAGCUCUGCUGCCGUUGACCCCAGAUUUAUUUGCCCUCAAUCAGUUACCACAGGAUGGAUAACAGAUUUGACUUCAUAUUUCUUAGUUGUUUGUUGUUUUUAUAUCUGUUGUCAGGAGGCACAUGUUCAGAAGCAGAGCACAAGCUCUUCUCAGUGAUAUUCUCCCACUACAAUCAGUACAUACGGCCUGUGGAAAAUGUGUCUGAUCCGGUCAUUGUGCAGUUUGAGGUGUCCAUGUCACAGCUGGUCAAAGUGGAUGAAGUCAAUCAGAUCAUGGAGACCAAUCUGUGGCUGAGACAUAUUUGGAAUGACUAUAAACUCAAAUGGGAUCCCAAAGCUUUUGGCGGCGUGGAGUUCAUCCGAGUACCAUCGAACAGAAUUUGGAAGCCAGACAUUGUUCUUUAUAAUAAUGCAGUUGGAGAUUUUCAGGUAGAUGACAAAACAAAGGCUCUCCUUCGCUACAACGGUGACGUCACUUGGAUCCCACCAGCUAUAUUUAAAAGCUCCUGCAAGAUCGAUGUUACAUACUUCCCCUUCGACUACCAAAACUGCACCAUGAAGUUUGGUUCCUGGACUUAUGACAAGGCCAAGAUUGACCUUGUGCUGAUUGGUUCAACUAUCAACCUCAAGGACUUCUGGGAGACUGGCGAGUGGAUAAUCAUUGACGCCCCUGGCUACAAGCAUGAUAUCAAGUACAACUGCUGUGAGGAGAUCUACACUGAUAUUACUUACUCCUUGUACAUCCGUCGCUUGCCUCUUUUCUAUACAAUCAACAUGAUCAUCCCCUGCCUCUUAAUCUCCUUCCUGACAGUGCUCGUCUUCUAUCUGCCCUCUGACUGUGGUGAGAAAGUCACGCUGUGCAUCUCCGUCUUGCUGUCUUUGACUGUCUUUCUUCUCGUCAUAACAGAGACCAUUCCCUCUACCUCCCUAGUCAUACCUUUGAUUGGCGAAUACCUCCUGUUCACAAUGAUUUUCGUCACUCUCUCCAUUGUCAUUACCGUUUUUGUCUUGAAUGUGCACUACCGCACACCGAAGACACACACCAUGCCCUGCUGGGUGCGGCAUGUGUUUCUAGGACUGCUGCCCAGAGUGAUGUUCAUGACCAGGCCAGAGAGGGACCCGGAGAAGGUGACGGUGGCUGGAAGUGUUGAGACAAUGCAUCUGAGAACCUGCGCUGUCCACUCUUCAGGCACUCUGCAAAAGCAACACAAGCCCCAAGCUUUGGCAUCCAGCGUUAUGUCGAGCCUGACUAAUCGCCAGAGGCUUUUCAACAACGCAGACCUCUCCAACCUGAAUAACCUGAGCGAAGACUCUAGUAAAUGUGUCAGCUCUGGAGUCCUGUGCUGUGAGGGCCGAUGUAACUGCUGUUGGCAGAAGAGAUCGGGCAAACUGCCUUCGGACUCUGGUGGUGGAAGUGGUGCACUGGGCAGCCUGGGGGCCCUGACUGGUAGCACUGGUGCUGGGGUCAGACAGGACAGUCAUUGCUCCAGUUCUGAGUCUCUAGAUGGGGGAGUUAUGUCCCUUUUGCCUCUUUCUCCUGAGGUCAGGGAGGCAAUUGAAAGUGUUAAAUACAUAGCAGAAAACAUGAGACUUCAGAACGAAGCUAAAGAGGUUCAGGAUGACUGGAAGUAUGUUGCCAUGGUUAUUGACAGGAUCUUCCUUUGGGUUUUUGUGCUUGUCUGCAUCCUGGGGACAGCUGGCCUCUUCCUCCAGCCUUUAUUACUUGGGGAGGAUAUUUGAUUGAAUUUAAAAAAAAAACUAUUACUCCACACUGCAGAAAUACACACAGCUCUCAUAUACAGGAUGUGGCCUCUGUCUGAGUAGUGGAAAAAUGUAGGACACACAGUCAAGGAGAAAAAAGCCAGAAUUCAGUGUUUUUCUGUUGCGCUAUUUGUUUGACAACUUUAUCUUGGAUAUAUGGCAAAUAAAUCUGUAGCACAAAGAAUGAGUUUGGAGUUCUGGAACCAAAAGUCCAACCCCACAUGUAAAAUCACACAUAUAUUAGUAAAUAUCACUGAAUAGUAAAUCUAAAACUUGAGAUGGCUGUUUAUCCGAUCUGUGCUACUCCAUUAGGUGAAGAAUUCUGUGUCCAGGUAAGUUGGGCUGAUAUUGAAAAUAUUUUCACACUACCAGACAUUAUGAAGUAAGUUUUUAGUUAUUUACAUGUUUCUGCACUCACUGAAGUAGUUAGAUUUUUAGCUAUUAGGAAGUAAAUGAUCAGAUGAAAAUAUAAUUAAAACCUUCCAUCUCCCUCUCAAGAUAUUUUUUAAAUUUUAUUGCAAAGUAAAUCAUUUUUUGCUUAUUUUUGCUGUUUUGAGAUUAAUCAGAUUCAGGAAUUUUGUAACCUUUCACUUUAAAAUGAGUUUAUUUGGAUGGUCGCUAUAGCUAACAUUACUUGUUAAUCUGUGUUUACUACUUAAUACUAACCCUGAUUGUUUAAUUUGAUUUAAAUAUUAGCAAAAUGUGGCAGGUUUUGUGAAAAUGUCCCCCCUCAGAGUGAAGAAAUCUUAAUAGUUUUAUCAUGUUGGUUUAGGAAAAAAAAAGCUACUAAAACUCAGUUCAGAAUCCUCAAAAAUAAAUCUUAAGUAGCGCUCUAUUCAAACCUGAAUUCAUACACCAUCUUGAAACUAAUAAGCCACCAUGGGUGUUUGGCUAUGCUUUUUUCAUCACUUAUGUUCUUCACAGCAAAGGGGAACACCCACUCCUAAAUGGUUGCACAGGCUAAUAAGCAAGAAAAAAUUUAGUAGGAGUCCAAUAAACAUUUUAUCAGAGGGUUGAUGUUGCUCUCAGAUGCAAUGAAGCUCUGUACAAAAAGUUAUAAUUUUUUUUAGUAAAAGCCAAAAUGGUUCACAACUGCAUUUUUAAAAUAAGAUUAUUAAAAAAUACAGACAGUUCAUUGAAGGAAUUAUUGAAAAAUAAAUAAAUUCUUCUGUGUUUUCUUGUGUCUUCAUGACUCUAUAACGUUAGAGUCAGAUUCGUGUUAGAGAUGCAAGAGGUAAUAUUUUU